UGACAGGUGGGGUUCAUCCCGUCGCCCAUUCCUGCCACUUUCUCCCGGAUCCCCCGCGGCCCGCUCCCCUAAUCCAACCUCCCAAACAAACUAGUACUCAAAACCGUACCCCCUCCCGCUCACAGUCACUGACAGCCAUGGCCCACCGCGCCGCCGCCCUCCUCGUGCUCCUCCUUCCACUCGCCGCCGCCGCGUCGGAGGUGGCGACCAAGCCGGCGGUGGAGGCAGCGCUGCUGGAGAGGCACGCGGCCCAGCUCGCGAGGCUCGAGGAGCUCACGGACUCGCUCGCCAGGUCCGUCCACGCGCUCCAGUCCGCGCUCUCCAGAUCCGCGGAGCCGUAUCCCCCGCCGCCGGGCGCUGCGACGGCGGUGGUCGGCGAACGGCCAUCCCCGCAGGGGGUGGCGGUCACGAAGCGCCGGCCGGUCUGGUCGGAGCGCUUCCACUUCACGGCGGCCGUGCGGCUCGCGGACGGCGCAUACGCCGCCGCGGCGGCCGCGCUGCCCUACGAGGACGCGGACGGGUUCACCAAGUACUUCGCCGUCGGGGACUCCCGCGGCCGCGUCUUCGUCUUCUCCGCCGCGGGGGACACGCUGCUCGAGCUGGAGGCCGCCUCCGGCGAGUCUCAGGUCACCGCGCUACUCGCGUACCUCUCGCCACGCCGCACCGACUGCCUCCUCUUCACCGGCCACGCCGACGGCUCAAUCGCCGCGCACAGGCUCAUCGAGUCGUCCCCCCACGGCGACGACUGGCUCACCCUCGCAGCCGCGUCCUCCCGUCUCCUCGUCCGCGGCCUCGACGCUGCUCCCGUGGUUCACCUCGAGUCCCACCACACUGGUCGCGCGCGCUACGUCCUCUCCUGCGACGCCGGCGGCCGUAUCCGCGUCUUCACCGAGAACGGCACACUCUACGGCACCGCCAUCGCCUCGUCAACGCCACUUGCCUUUGUAAAGCAGCGCCUCCUCUUCCUCACGGAGGCCGGUGCCGCCUCCCUCGACCUCCGCUCCAUGUCCGUCCGCGAGACGCCUUGCGAGGGUCUUGCUGAAGCGCUCAAUGGCACCCGCGUCAAGGCCUACUCCUUUGACCCCUCUGAGCGCUUCAAGGCCUAUGGCUUCACGGACGCCGGCGACCUCGUGCAUGUCCUGCUGCUUGGUGAUGUUUCCAGCCUCAAAUGCCGGGUCCGUGCUGUCAAGAAGUCUGAGAUUGAGAGCCCCGUUGCGAUACAGACGAUCAAGGGUUACCUCUUGGUGGCGAACCAAGAUAAGAUCCUUGUGUACAACACGUCGUCACAGUAUUAUGGGAGGGUCGGUGUGCCCCGGCCGCUGUUUGCCACAACCAUCAAGGACAUCAAAUCUGUGUUUGCGGAUUCUGGUGGCGUGCUGCCCACUGCACCAGCUGGGAAGGCUGUUAUUGCAGCAGACCGGGAGAAGCUUGUAAUCUUGGGUCUAGGGGAUGGCCACAUUGCCAUCUAUCGGUCCAAUUUCCCGGUUUACAAGCCAGAGAGCAAUGCUGUGGUGUGGAGUGGUCCAGCGCUGCUUUUCCUCUUGUUCUUGAUUGGCAUUUGGCAAGUAUACGUGAAAAAGAAGGAUUCAUUAGGAUGGACACCAGAGGAGACGUUUAACACCUCUGUAACAACUCCAACAGGUAGCCUUUUGAAUCAUCCAGUUAGUGACCGAGCCUUUGCAGAUAGCACAGCAAGAACUGGUGAUCGCGGCUAUGUGGAUGGAACAGGAAGAGCCAGUGAUAGAAGCUAUGUGGAUGCCACUACAAGAACUACAGACCGAGGCUAUGCUGAGGCUACUAGGGCCGUGGAUAUGCGGGGUGGUGCGUUGAGGAGUGCUCCAAGAAGGUAUGUGUCCCCUACUAGAUAUGCAGGGACAACUGGAAUUCAAUAUCGACCUGCCUCAGCUGAGCCUGGUCUUAGGGGUACUCCAGAGCUGAAGUACCGAGGACCAGGUAUGGAGCCCCCCGGUUUCCCAAAGAAGAGGGACACAUUGUUCUCGAAUAAUCAGGCUGUAGUAGAUGAUCAUGCUGAUUGAGGGUUUGGCUAGGUUGGUGUAGGCAGCCCCCUAAAUUUUGAUCAGGUUUUGAUGGUCCUUGGAGAUGCCAGUGAUCUACAUUUGUGCUGUUGUAUGUUGUAACACAAAAGAACGUUGUAUUUUAUGAGUACAUUACGCCCAUUUAAAUAGGAAAAUUUAGGUUUUUGCCAUUGCACCAAUUGCAGUUUCGAUAUUUGCCACCACUUUUGUAAUAUUUAGAAUCAUGCCACUUGUUUCAAAACUUGUUAGGCUCAUGUCACUAGUUGGACUGAACCAGUGGCAUGGACCAAACAAGUUUUUGGAACCAGUGGCACGAACUGAAUAAUUACAAAAGCGAUGGCAAAAGCUGAAACGGUAAUUGAAGCGAUGGCAAGAACCUAAAUUUUCCAUUUAAAUAUGAUGCUGCAAAAACAUCUUUACUGAUGUUUUUGUGGGUUGCAUUUGUUCACUGUAUAUUUAAUAAGAUAUGUGCAAGGAUAUCCAAGUCAUUUUGUUA